UGUUGUCUCUGAGCUCUGUAAGCGAAAAGCUAACUAGCAAUUUUGCUAUUUGUUGAGGCUUUUAUGAGCGAGAAAUAUGGCGUGGAGCAGCAAAGUCUCCGCUCUUCCUCCAGCCUCCUUAAAGCUGCUUGUCCCUCCAGUGAGACUCAUGGCUGCCUUCAUGUGGAAGGUGGCGCAGCAGGACAGCAGCGUGAUGCAUUAUGAUAAGCUGCUGGACUUCAUCAGUUUGGCAACAGAGAUGGUCCCAGAACUUCUCAGUCCCAGUCAGAAGGUUCAGCUCAUGCUGGGCCUGAGAGCAAAGCUGAUUCUGGAGCUUUGCCGUGGUGACGGYGUCGCCAAUCUGAAUACCAUCCAAGCCCACCUUGAUAAAAUCCACUCCUGCUGCAUCGAGCUGAGCACCUGUGAUCAAAUGGAAACCGAUAUUCUGAAGACCUCAUAUAGCAGCUUUGCCACUCUGGUGCAGGACAUUUUAAAUAUUCCCUCAGAAAAGGAAGUCUUCUUCAAAACCUUUUUUCCUAAGCACUACGGUCCUGUCUACAACAAAAGGAUCCAGCAGCUCGCGUCGCUGUUUCUGUCCCGACUGGAAGAGCUGAUGCCCACACCCAACCUGCACCAGACAACAGUUUGGCUCUCUGAAACAUCUGCAUCAGAGGAGUUUAAACAUCACUUAUCUGAACCUUUGGCUCUGAGAACUCUGCUGGUUCAUCACAGAGAGCUGGGGACCCUCAGCUCAGUUUGUCCAAGCAAUGAAGAUGACAUCAUUUUGUCUGCGCUGUCCUUCACUAAACCAGUGAAUGAGUUCAGCGAGGCUGAUGAUGAGGAGGAUAGCAAUGAAGGGUCGCUGGCUUUGGAUGAUUUGGAUGAAGACUCAAGUCAGUGCAUCACCGACACUGACGACUCAGAGGACUGGUUUUCAAAAAAGAAAUCAGACCUUUUUCCUCGCUUCUCCAUCUCCUCUAAGGGUCCYGGCACGCCGCCUGUACCGACAAAGGUUCGAGAGUGCGUCCAGAAGGCCGUUCAGAGAAARAAAUCUGAAAAAAAAGGGAGAAGCAAGACUUUGCAAAAAAGCUUAAAGAUGAAAAGCAGGAGCCAAAAGCUGAACAUAAACAAUCCGAGGAGAGGCAAACAAAAAGGUAGGGGUGAAGAGAUGGAAAAGGAGAAAAAGGAGGACAACUCCAAAAAGAAACGUUGCAGAAAAAGGAAAGAGCCAACCGGGGAGGAUAAACGGUUUCUGAGUACWCGAACCGUGAAGAAAAACUUCCCAGAAGAAGACACGAAAUGUCCCACGUGUGAGAAAGUCUUCGAACAUCCAAAUCAGAUGAAAACCCACCUGAAGCUGCACACCUUUCGCUACAGCUGCAUCGAGUGCGAYAAAGGAUUYAUGAGCCGUUCAGGCUACGAUUAUCACCAGAAGAUUCACAAAAAAGGACGAAUAUUCAAGUGUAACCAGUGCAGCAAGGCGUUCCCCAGCAGGUACGCUCUCAAGCAGCACAACCUUCUGCACGAUGGACCAUCCAACUUCUGCCAGAUCUGCAAGAAAAACUUCAGCAAAAAUGGUUACAUAAGACAUGUGCUGAUGCACAAGGGCGAGAGGAAUUACCUGUGCACCACCUGCGGGAAGGCGUUUCUGUCCUCCGGGGAGCUGCAGCUGCACAAUCGGACGCACACGGGCGAGCUGCCGUACACCUGCGUCCACUGCGGGAAGGGCUUCUCCUGCAAGGCCCACCUGAUCGUGCACACCCGCUCGCACACGGGAGAUCGCCCGUAUCUCUGCACCGAGUGCCCCAAGCGCUUCCUCACCCUGAACUGUCUGAAGAGGCACACACUCAGCCACAACGGGGUGAAACCGUUCAAGUGUUCGGAGUGUGACAAAGAGUUCUCCCAGGUGGGGAAUAUGAGAAGACACAUGGCAACUCAUAAACUUGGCACGUAGUGGCAUCUGUUUUUUUUACAUUUAAAUAUUGUCUUUGUCAAAACGUAUUCUCCGUAAUUUUUUAUUUUUAUUAAUUAAUUUUUUUUGUUAUAACCUGUCUUAGAAAAGCCUCACGUGAGACCUCGAUGUGUAAAAUGCAAACGUCGCCCCCUGCUGGUGGAACCAGGUAGUCACAGCUGCUGAUUGAUUUUUGGAACAUUUUAUCUUUUUGAGUGUUCUGACUUGAUACACAAAAUAAAGAAAAUUUUUGAAGUGCCCUAUAAAUUAAUGUAUUAUUAUUAUUAUUAUUAUUAUUAUUAUUAUUAUUAUGUUAAUAUAGAACAUAAACGAACUAAAAGACCCCAGAUGAUUAGUGAAAGUUCAGAUGUUUUGUUCAGACACUGCAGGGUUUGCUUUUUUUCUGGUCUGCAGCAGCUGAAUUUAAAUAUUACAAUAAUGUGAAUUUGUUCCAUAAAGACUGUUAAACAUCAUUUAUUCCAGUUUCUACAGGAGAUUUGAAAAUAUUCUCCAUUGCAUUUUGUUUUGGGUAGAUUGUAGUAUAUUUAAAUCACACAUUGGUUAUCUGCUAUUUAGCAUUUCAUCACGACUUUGUGUAGUUGGUUUCUUUAGUUGUAAAUAGUUAUACCAAAUGCAACUACAGGGAUCUUUAUUACCAAGAGCAAGAAUUUAAUUUUUUUUUUUACUUUGAACUUAAACAGGAUUUUAAAAAAAUAAAAAAAGUUUUGAUAAGGUAAUGUUUUUUGAAGAAAGUGGUGUUUUUAUUAAGCUUACAAACUGUUGAAAUAUGUUUACUUUAAAUACACUUUAUGUAUAAUUUUACAGAAAAAAAUUGUUGAAUUUCCCCACAUCAGAGUUUUUAUAAUGUUAUGUCUGCACUUUAUUUGCUGCAGCUUUUUAAAAUUGUUAUUUUACUGUACUGUUUGGAAACUCAUUCUGAUAAUGACACAUUUAUUUAGUAUUUGUUACACUGUAAAAUGUAAACUGAGUAUGUUUUGUAAGACUUCAAUAAAUAAAUAAAGUACUGCA